GGCGAGAGCGCAGGGAUCAGAGGGAGACCCUAAGCAGCAGAGAAGGGGGCAACAGCUGAGGAAAGACCCCUCCAAACAUAGAGCAGGUCACAUGGAUACAGCGCCACCUGAAGGUCACAUGGAUACAGCGCCACUUGAAGGUCACAUGGAUACAGCGCCACCUGCAGGUCACAUGGAUACAGCGCCACCUGCAGGUCACAUGGAUACAGCGCCACCUGCAGGUCACAUGGAUACAGCGCCACCUGCAGGUCACAUGGAUACAGCGCCAGAGGAUGGGACAAAGGGGAAUGAUGAAGGAUGGGAGAUACUUGACAUUGUUUCAUCAUCAUCACCCGCUGCUGGAGGAGGACAUAGAGCAGGUCACAUGGAUACAGCGCCACCUGCAGGUCACGUGGAUACAGCGCCACCUGCAGGUCACGUGGAUACAGCGCCACCUGCAGGUCACGUGGAUACAGCACUAUCUGCAGGUCACAUGGAUACAGCGCCACCUGCAGGUCACGUGGAUACAGCGCCACCUGCAGGUCACGUGGAUACAGCGCCACCUGCAGGUCACGUGGAUACAGCGCCACCUGCAGGUCACGUGGAUACAGCGCCACCUGCAGGUCACGUGGAUACAGCACUAUCUGCAGGUCACGUGGAUACAGCGCCACCUGGCGGUCACACGGAAACAGCGCCACCUGCAGGUCACGUGGAUACAGCGCUAUCUGCAGGUCACGUGAAUACAGCGCCACCUGCAGGUCACAUGGAUACAGCGCCACCUGCAGGUCACAUGGAUACAGCGCCACCUGCAGGUCACAUGGAUACAGCGCCACCAGAGGAUGGGACAGAGGAGAAUGAAGAAGGAUGGGUGAUACCUGACCAGGACUCAUCACCCGCUGCUGAAGGAGGAAGCAGCUGUACUGACAUUGAGAAGUCUGUGGGAAUCUUCUACUGGGACAUGGAUGCACAUGUGAAAUCACUGCUAAAUUAUCCUGUAAAGACCAUCAGCUCAAUGAAGAGGUUCCUGGACUUCUGCUCCAGCAAACACGGAGCGGAGAACAUGAUAAAGGUGAUUAGUGAUUCGGAAGACGCGGAAUCCCAGGAACAGAACCAUUCUGAAUGGGGACAAUCCCUCCCAUGUCCCCAGGUGACCCUGACAGAGGCCGAGCUGGAUGCGAUCAGUCCAUCCGACGAUGUGUCUAUAGGGAGGAGAAUGGCCGACAAAGUGAAGCAGAUGAGGAAAAUCCUACAAGUGGACGCAGAUAAUUCACUUUUCUAUCAUCUCUGGUUUCAGGAUAGUCAACCUGUUAUCGGGAUCUUCUCCAGAGAAGCAGAGAGUCAGUAUUCCUGGCUGAUGAGCGCCCUCAGGUCACACCCUUACAGGGACCGUAUUGCUGAGGUCCGGCCCUGCCCCAUCAGUAAUAAUGGCUUACAGCAGUUUUAUCAGGAUUUAUCUCUCUGCAAAUUCGGGAUCCUGUAUCACAGCAAGAUGAGAGGGAGAAUCAAUGUGACCGAUGUGAUGGAUGCCCUGUAUGAUGAGGAGCUGAAGGAACUCUCCUCUACUCAUGGGAAGGAUAACGUCAUUGUGGUCAUAGAUGAUCUGGAGGACAGCAGUGAUCAAGAGAAAUGCAGGAUUCUAAGUCAUCAGCCGAGUAUUGGGACAAUGGCCGCAGGUCUAUUCCUGAUCAGUCUCGAGGAGAAGAAAUCAAACUAUCAGAGAUAUCUCAUGGUGACCAAAGAACAAGCGGAGAAGAAACUGCAGGAGCUGACAGAAGAGAUAAGAAAGAUGGAAUCUGGUGAAAAGGCAGAAGGAUUGAUGCCUUUACCUGGAGAAAGAGAAAAAUCUGGAAGAAAAGAGCAAAACAAAUCAAAAAGCAGAGAAAAUAUAACCCAGACAGUAUCAGGUGCCCACUGGGGGGAUGGUGAUGGAAGAUCUGGCCCCGUACCUGCAGGAAGCGAGAAACCUGGAACACAGCCGGAAAAGAAAAGGAAUUUUAGAGACUAUUUAGAUGUGGAAAUUGCCCCUCCAGAGUUCAAUAAAAAGUCUAUCGGGAUCUUCUCAAGAUCCUCAGAGAGUGAAUAUUCCUGGCUGCAGAUGCUGCUGGAAUCACAGGAUUUCAGUAACUGUGUCCAGUCUGUCCGCUCCUGUCUUGUCUCCAACGUGUUCUCCGAGUUCUGUAAUGAGGUGACUCGGUGCAAAUUUGGGAUCCUGUAUCAUUCCAAGAACAGAGGAAGGAUCAAUGUGACCGAUGUGACGGACUCUCUGUAUGAUGAUGAGCUGAAGCUUCUCUCCACUACACUUGGAAAGAAGAACGUGGUUGUGGUGAUCGAUGACCUGGAUGAUGCCAGUGAUGCCAUGAAGAAUAAACUUCUAAGCGCUCAGCACAACAUCGAGAAACUGGCCCGAGAUCUGAUCCUCGUACAGCGCUCGUCAUCGGAGGAGAAGAUGUGCGUGACCAGAGACGCAUUGAAGAAGGUCUUCCCGUGACUGGCUGCAGGGAUCAUGUGGGGUAGUUGGGGAUAUCCUCACCAUCUGAGCUCCCAUCCUGAGGAUUACAUUUCUGGUAAUGUCCUCCCACAGCUAAAUACAAAACCUGAAACCACGAGGACAGCAGAACAUAUAUCUUAUUACAUCUGUGUGUCCAUACAUUGUCACGCAUCUCCAGCUCAUCGUGGAGGUCGGUCGGUCAUAUGAUGGGACUUAAUAAGGAUCAGACAGUACGAUUUCCAUGUCUGUCGAUUAAGAUCUUAGCUAUGAGAACAAUAGAACACGUCCAUUAACAUGUCUAUAACAGAGAUUCACUCUCCUGCGAUGUAUAUCUAUGGAGCCUAUAAUAAGUGGUGUGACCUACAAUCUAUGAAUAAAACCUCUCUGUGAAGUCAGA